AUGGCUGAGGAAGAUGGUCAGGAGCUUGUCACCAAGCCCUUCAAGUUUGUGACUGGUACGUACAAUCCCUCUGUCGCGAAAUUUAAUCGACUGGUAAGAAACCCGACUCUCGACGACGGCUACGAUUCAGACCUUUCAUACGGGAUCAAUUGGGCUCGAUGGAAGCGGCGGAUGGCUGACGCGAACAUCCGAAUAGGCACCGACGCUCGUUUCCCCAACGUCAACCAGACCAAGCACUGCUGGCAAAACUAUGUGGACUACCACAAGUGCAUUAUCGCCAAGGGAGAGGACUUUGCUCCUUGCCGCCAGUUUUGGCUCGCUUACCGCUCGCUCUGCCCCUCGGGAUGGUACCAGCGCUGGGACGAGCAACGAGAGGCCGGCCAGUUCCCUGUCAAGCUUGACGCUUAA